AUGCGUCUGCUGGUGGUGUUAUCAGGAACGACUUGGGCAAAUGUGUUGGAGCUUUUGCUGGCAACUUGGGGAAGUGCACCAUUACCAGAGCAAAAAUUAAAGGGGCAAUCAUUGACCUACAACUUGCUUGGGUGA